UUCUGUACGGUUUUGGGGGCCAGCCGAGACUCGGAAACAGAGAUUCUCGAAAUGAUUUACGUAUUUUUGGAGUUCUUGUGAUGGGUUGAUGUCGUAGCGUACUCUACUUUCUUUGUGUGAUUCUACGCGAUUUUGAGGGUUGAGGGCCUGUAAAACUGCAUCCAAAAUGACAUGCAAACAGAUCACACAGGAGACAUUUGAUGCGGCUGUCAGAGAGAAUAUAAUUGACUUUGAGAUGGAGCCGGAGGAGGCUCUGAGGGAGGCGAUAGAGCAGUUUGUGUCUCAAGGUGUGGAUCUCCAUAAUAUUGUGAAGACAGUUGUAAGAAACAGUUAUGAAAAUGAUGAGGAAAGACAAAGUCACCUGGUUUUAGAGGCUCUUGAAACACUUCAGAAGUCUACUGAGUCUUCUUUAGUUGAUCAAAUGGCAGAUUCUCUUGCAACAUUCACUGAACAGUGCAAGUUGGACUUUGCUAAUCGCUAUUUGGCAGCCCAGAAAGGAGCAUAUCCCGUAAUUCUUUCAAUCUGUAAUUUAUGGCAAGGGGAUAAAAAAAAACUGUUGUGUGCUCUAACAGCUUUAUCUGCCCUUACAGAAGGGCAGCCAGAUCUUCUGGACUCGGAAGGGAAAGAGCUGUUGAUAUCACUUCUUCAAGAUAAGAGAGAAGAGUUGGCACAGACUCUUGUAGUGGUCCGUAUUCUGCGUCACUGCUGUGUAAAACAUGAGCAAAACCGACAAGAUCUCGUCAAAGAUGGCAUCUUGUCUUUGCUGACAAAGGUUAUCAAGCAGAAUCUUGAGGAAACUGAACUGGUUAAGGAGGCCUGUGCAGCUCUUCGAGUCAUGACCUUUGAUGAUGAUGUUCGAGUUCCUUUUGGGCAUGCUCAUGAGCACGCCAGAAUGAUUGUGCUAGAACACAAUGGACUAAAGGUCAUCACUGAUGCAGCAAAAGCCCACCUGGAGAACCUGGGUGUGCUCAGUGAACUAUGUGCCACAUUGUCAAGGCUGGCUGUUCGGAAUGAAUACUGCCAGGAUAUUGUUGACCUUGGUGGUUUAAAUCUUAUGUUAAACCUGCUGGCUGGCAGCCUUGAUAAUCAGGAGCUUGUCAAGCAAGUGCUAAAUGCACUUCGUGCUAUUGCUGGCAAUGAUGAUGUCAAGGAUGCCAUUUCUGCUUCAGGUGGAAUUCAGCUAACCAUACUAGCAUUAAAUCGGCAUGUAGGCAGCUCUCAGGUCUGUGAGCAAGGUUGUGCUGCCUUGUCAAUGCUGGCUCUCAGGAAACCAGAGAACUGCAGAAUUAUCAUGGAAAAUGGGGGAGUCCCAGUUGUCUUACAAGCCAUGAAGGCCCACCCUAAUGAAACUAAUUUGCAGAAGCAAGCCUGUAUGGUGCUCCGGAAUCUGGUGUCUCGAACUCGGGAUUUUAGUUCCGCUAUAUUGGACCUGGGAGGAGAAACCCUGAUAAGCCAGGCCAUGGUGACACAUCGAGACUGUGAGGAUGCAGCCAAGGCAGCACUUCGUGACCUAGGCUGCAAAGUGGAGCUACGAGAGCUGUGGACUGGAAAAAAAGGUGGCCUCUCCCACUAAGCUGACCUUGUACUGCAUGGUAACACUUCUCAAAAAGUGAGCUAGAAACAGACAGCAUCUUACAGUAUGAAUUCACUAAGUGGUAGCUCUCUGACUAGAUUACCUUUAAAUAUGUAGUCCGUCACUGAGCCAGACUGAUGUGUACAGGAUGUCGGAUGCUGAAUUUAAAAUGAAUGCUUAUGAGUUGACCAAACAAUUGGAGUGAGACGUGCCAGAUGGCAAGCUACAGAUGUCCAACGAAGCUGAAGGCACUAAAUUAGAAUAAAUUAUUACUAAAUGUUGAAAUUAACUUAUGUAUCGGAAAUGUUAAAUAUUUAAAACAGCCAUUGCCGCAUGUGUCCUUGUCUUGUUGCUGUAAUUACUUUGAAAACUGAAAGAAUGUCUCAUGUUAUCUCUCUCAGCUUUGUUGUUAAUCUUUGUCUAUGGUAAAAUAACUAUAAUAUUUGAGAGUCCUUAAAAGGUAUGUAAAUUCAUAAAUAAAAAUAUGUUGAAAG